AUGGCGCGUACCCCAGAUUCGACCGUCCCCGUCAUUCCUCUCGCCCGAGGCACCAUCCUCCUCCCCGGCAUCACCCACCGCGUGCCCGUCUCCGCCUCUCGCCCCGACAUUCCCGCCCUCCUCGCCAACGUCUAUACCCGUGCCGCCGCAGCAGGGCCCAACGCCCGCAUCGACGCUGUACCCAUUGUCUGCGUGCCCGUCGCCUCCCCUUUCGUCGGCCCCAACGGCCAGCUCCUCAUCGACAGCGCCGAGUCCGUCGACGAGUCCCAGAUCAAGCAGAUCAAUCCCGGCUCCGCAACAAAGGAGGAUCUCUUCAAUUAUGGUGUCGCCGCCCGCAUCACCGGCAUCGAAGGCCGCGGCACCGCCGAGUUUGCCUUGCGAGUCGAGGGAGUCGCGAGGGUCCGCGUCGAAAAGGUCACACAGGAGCGCCCCUACUUUGAGGCGACCGUCAAGCACUACCCCGACGUCGUCACCGCCGACGCCCAGCUGCAGGAGCUCUUUGGCCUCAUGAAGCUGCGCUCACGCGAGCUCGUCCUGACCCUCCGCAUCUCUUCCCUCCUGCCGACGCCCCGCAAUGCCGAGAACCCCGGGCUCUCGCCCCUGAUCAUCCGACGCCUGGAGAUGUUCAUCAUGAAGAAGGAGGUCAAGGACGCCGGUUCGCUGGCCGACUUUAUGACCAACAUUGUCGAGGCGUCGUACGAGCAAAAGCUGGAGGUGCUGGCAGCCCUCGACAUCAAGGUCCGCAUGGCCAAGGUCAUCGAGCUGCUUGAUCGUCAGGUCAGUGGCCUCAAGAACAGCUUCAAAAUCACCGCCUUCACGAACGUACCCGUCCAGGUGCUCGACAAGCUGCACGACAGGGCACCGAAGAGGCGAGGAACAGGCCCCGGCGGCGUGCCUGUGCCGCCCAACGGCUUCUUCCCACCGGGAGCCAAUGGCAUGAUGGCUGCGGCGCUCAAGAAGAUGAUGCCUGGCAACCAAGAGUUCCAGGUGACGAGGACGUGGUUAGAGGUGCUCUCCGAGAUUCCCUGGUCCGCGACAACCGACGACCGACUGGGCCCUGAGACACUGGUCCGGGCGCGGAAGCAGCUCGAUGAUGACCAUUACGGCCUGGACAAGGUAAAGAAGCGGCUUGUCGAGUAUCUUGCCGUUCUGCGCCUGAAGCAGUCCGUCAAUGAUGAAGUCGACGAACAGAUACGCAAGGCCGAGGAGGAAUCCGUGGCCCUUAGCACCGGCAAGGAAACGGAGGAGAACAAGCCAGCAAACGACGCUGACCUCGAGGAGAAGGUCAGCAACGCACAUGCGAAGCGUAAACGUACUCCGCUCUCGCCGCAUGACCGACAAGUCGCCCAUUAUGCUGCUCGCCGGACCUCCCGGGGACUGAGGAAGGGCGGCGUCGCGAACCCCGUGUUCCUGCUCGACGAGAUCGACAAGCUGGGCAUGUCCAACAUGCACGGCGAUCCCUCAGCCGCCAUGCUGGAGGUUCUCGAUCCCGAGCAGAACAUAAACUUCACUGACCACUAUGUCGGUAUGCCCAUCGACCUUAGCAAGAUUGUCUUCAUCGCGACUGCCAACAGCCUCGACACCAUCCCAGCCCCGCUGCUCGACCGCAUGGAGACCAUCUACCUACCUGGCUACACGACGCUUGAGAAACGUCAUAUCGCCAUGCAACACCUCGUGCCCAAGCAGAUCCGUGUCAACGGCUUGGCUGAGGAUCAGAUCAACUUCAACAAGGAGGUUGUAUCCAAGAUUAUUGAGUCGUACACGCGCGAGGCAGGAGUCCGUAACCUGGAACGCGAAAUCGGCUCCGUGUGUCGCGCAAAGGCAGUGGACUUUGCCGAAGCCAAGGACGGCGGACAGCUCGAGACAUACCGGGCCCAGCUGACAGUCGACGACAUUGAGACGAUUCUCGGCAUUGAGCGCUUCGAGGAAGAAAUCGCCGAGACGACCAGCCGGCCCGGCAUCGUCACUGGCCUCGUCGCGUACAGUUCUGGGGGCAACGGCAGUAUCCUGUUCAUCGAGGUUGCCGAUAUGCCGGGUGACGGCAGGCUGCAGCUUACCGGCAAGCUGGGCGAUGUCCUCAAGGAGAGCGUCGAGGUGGCCCUGUCUUGGGUCAAAGCCCACGCCUUUGAGCUGGGUCUCACGUCGGACCCGACGACCAACAUAAUGAAGGAGCGCAGCAUACAUGUGCACUGUCCCUCGGGCGCCAUCCCCAAGGAUGGGCCCAGCAGCGGCAUCGGGCAGGCGAUUGCUCUCAUUUCGCUUUUCUCCGGCAAGAGUGUGCCACCCACCAUGGCCAUGACGGGCGAGAUAUCUCUGCGCGGCCGAGUCACCGCCGUUGGCGGCAUCAAGGAGAAGCUCAUUGGGGCCCUCCGCGCAGGUGUCAAGACGGUGUUGCUCCCCGCCCAGAACCGCAAGGACGUCAAGGAUCUUCCACAGGAGGUCAAGGACGGGCUCGAGAUUCUUCAUGUCAGUCACAUUUGGGAGGCCGUCCGACUUGUCUGGCCCGAAUCGCAGUGGCCAGGCUUGGAGCACUACGCCGCCAUCGAGAGCCGUCUCUAG